ACCUUACCCCCCCCACAUCAGUCUGUCCUGCUUCCAGCUGCUGCAGCCGCGCCUUCUCUGCCUCAGCAUUCAGCAGCCCCCUGCUCCGGCUCAGCAUGGCCACCCCAACACAGAGCCCCACAAAAGUUCCUGAAGAAACAGAUCCAUUUUACUAUGACUAUGCCACCGUGCAGACUGUGGGGAUGACCCUGGCCACUAUCAUGUUCGUGCUGGGGAUCAUCAUCAUCCUCAGCAAGAAGGUGAAGUGCAGGAAGGCCGACUCCAGCCCAACAUGCAAAUCCUGUAAGUCGGAACUGCCCUCCUCAGCACCUGGAGGUGGCGGAGUGUAGGACCUUCUGCAGAUCUCCACUGCUGUCCCUGGCCGGAGCCCAGGAGCCCAAGGACCGGGUGAAGGCGGUGGGGACCCAGCCUAGCGCCGGGGAGUAUGCCCCCAAUGAGCCGCCACACCCACCCCAAGGCAGGAGCCACUGCACCUCGCUGUCCUUCCCCAGGCCUUGGCAACGACGAUCCCCCAAAGAGCCCAUUUGCUCCCCAGACCCAGAGACUCAGGCCUCCAGCUCCUGGGAUCCAGGAGUCUGUCCCCAGUUCCCUGGGAUCCUCAUUUCCCUUCCUCCUGCAUUUCCUGGUCUUCUCCAGGACCUUCCCGGCUGUCCCCUCAGGGUCCACAUGUUAAGCUUAAUAAAUGUGCAUUCG